CUGCGCCUGCGCCUGCGCCUGCGCUCUUCGGUAGGUCGCGUCCGCUUCCCAGCGGUGCCCUCGCCUGGCGCGCCUGACACCCCUCACCUCCCCUCUCGCGGCGUAAGCUUAAAACUUCCAGCCUCCGGGGGGAGGGGCGUUGUGGGGCGGCCCGAGCCCGGCGGCAAAGUACUUGCUGUCUUCCUUCGCCUUCUACCUUCCCUCUUCUCAACGUUCUCGCUUCCAGCUUGUCCGCCGCUGGCUCCUCACACUAGGGCCGUCUCCCGACACCGACGCAGGCCUCUCCAGACGCCGUACAAAAGGAAGGAUCAGGGACUGGCACAAGGAGAAGGAGGAGUUAGAAGGAUGCCACGGAGAAAGAAAAAAGUUAAAGAAGCUUCUGAAUCUCAGAACCUGGAGAAGAAGGAUAUGGAAACCACAAGUUCUGUCAGUGUGAAGAGGAAGCGUAGAGUUGAAGAUACAUUCAUUGUGAUAUCUGAUAGCGAUGGAGAGGAACCAAAGGAGGAAACUGAAUUGCAGAAAAUGAAGACAAAACAAUCAAAUAGAGCAAAGUGUUUGGCUAAAAGAAAAAUUGCACAGAUGACAGAAGAAGAACAGUUUGCUUUGGCUCUCAAAAUGAGUGAGCAGGAAGCUAAGGAUAUGAACACGCAAGAAGAGGAAGAAGAAGAGCUCUUGAGGAAAGCCAUUGCUGAAAGCCUGAAUAGUUGCCGGUCUUCUGAUGCUUCUGCUACCAGAACUCGUCCUCUGGCCAUUGGACCAUCUUCACAUUCCCACCAAGAGAAAACCACAGACUCUGGGACCACUGAAGGCAUAUGGCAGCUGGUACCUCCAUCACUGUUUAAAGGCUCACAUAUCAGUCAGGGAAACGAGGCUGAGGAAAGAGAGGAUCCUUGGGACCACACUGAAAACACUGAAGAGGAGCCGGUCUCUGGCAGCUCAGGAAGCUGGGACCAGUCAAACCAGCCAGUGUCUGAGAAUGAGAACGUUAAAUGUUUUGGCAGAUGUACUGGUCACUUGGCUGAGCACACACAGUGUGGGAAGCCACAGGAAAGUACUGGGAGGGGUUGUGCUGUUCUCCAGGCUGCCCAGGGUAGGGGGGACACAUCUAGGCGCACUCUGCCUAUCCCAGCAGAUGUGAAAGGUCUCCAGGACAUUGGAGACACUGUGCACUACUUCUGGGGUAUUCCAUUCUGCCCUGCUGGAGUAGACCCUAACCAGUAUACCAAAGUCAUUCUCUGUCAGUUGGAGGUUUAUCAAAAGAGCCUAAAAAUGGCUCAGAGGCAGCUCUUUAAAAAAAAGGGAUUUGGGGAACCAGUGUUACCUAGCCCUCCUUCUCUGAUCCAGAAUGAAUGUGCCCAAGGAGAUCAGGCUAGCGAAAAAAAUGAAGGCAUCUCAGAAGAUAUGGGAGAUGAAGACAAAGAGGAGAGGCAGGAAUCUAGGGCAUCUGUCUGGCACUCAAAAACCAAGGAUAUUCAAGAAAACCAAAUUAAAAGCUUGAAACAGAAACUUUUGUUGGAGGAAGAACCAACAACCAGUCAUGGUCAGUCUUCCCAAGGGCUGUUUGUUGAAGAAACUUCUGAAGAAGGCAGCUCUGCACCUGGUUCACAAAGCAUUGCUACUUUGACCAGUAAGAGAAGGUUACUCCUUAUGCCAGAGAGUUCUGCAGAAGAAAUUACUGUUUGUCCUGUUCUGGAGGCUGGGGAAUCCAAGAUCAAGGCGUCGGCAGAUUCGGUGUCUGAGACACAGCUAAGUUCCCCUGAAACUUUUGACCUUGAAAGAGAAGACUCUUCAGGUAGCCGGAAGACCCUGGAUGAAGUAAAAAUAAUUAUGAGAGAUAAGGAGGUUGGUAACAGGGAAGAUGGUGAGAAGGAAACACCUAUUUCUACCUUUUCAUCUAGUAACCAGGUAUCCUGCCCACUGUGUGACCAAGGCUUCCCAGCCACACAGAUUGAGCGACAUGCUAUGUACUGCAAUGGUCUAAUGGAGCAAGAUGCAGUGUUGACUCGGAGACAAAGAGAGGCCAAGAGCAAGAGUGACAGAGGGACAGCUGCACAGACUUUCCUAGACAUUGACAAAGUUGAGAAGUGUUAUCUGUGUAAAUCCCUGGUCCCAUUUGGAGAGUAUCAAUGCCACGUUGACUCCUGUCUCCAGCUUGCAAGGGGUGACCAAGGAGAUGGGCCUGAAGGGAGUGGUAAAGCAUGUCCAGUUGUGAAAAGGAAGCGACUGAAGAACUCAAAGGAAAAAGGCCACAAUGAAGGCCGUCUCCUCAAUCUCUUGGAACAGUCUGAGCAAAAUACUAUAGAUGCAGAGAUAAAGACCAAGUCUUCAGAAAUAGGAACUUUCAGGUUGCCUUCAGAGGAAGAGGCAGGCUGCAGCAGAGCAAUGCAAAGCUCCCUCAUACAUCUCAACUUAAAUGAAUCUCCCAUCAAGUCUUUUGUUUCCAUUUCAGAAGCUACAGAUUGCUUAAUAGACUUCAAAAAGCAACUUGCUAUCCAUCCAGGUAGCCGAAAACGGACCAAAGCAAGCAGAGGAAGAAGAAGAAAACACUGACUUUUUGGGUCCAAAAAUUGACAAAACAAUUAAUAAUAAGGGUGGGCCAUGUUCAUUAAGCCAUA